UCACCGGUUUGUGUAGUCGACUGCUGAGGGUCACUACAAUUUGCCGGCAUUUUCCAGUGUAUUUACUACAAAUCCUAACUAAAACUAUAGUGUUUCUGUACAGCGUGAGUCUGUAAAAGUGCUAACAUAACAUAGUGCGUUAAACGUGCACAGUUUCGUUUUUCAAUCGAACCUACUUUGAGGUAUGGAGUGGGAAGGGCCGCCCAAGCAAGGCUUGUACGACCCACAGAACGAGCACGAGGCCUGCGGAGUUGGUUUCAUUGUUGCCAUCGACGGCAAACGUUCUCAUAAAAUCGUCCGAGAUGCAGAGACUCUCGCGAAACGCAUGGAGCAUCGAGGCGCAUGCGCCUGCGACAACGACACGGGCGACGGCGCCGGCGUCUUGACCGCCAUCCCGCACCAGCUGUACUGCGCUCAGCUUAGAGACAGCCACCAAAUCGAUCUCCCGCCCUUCGGCCAAUACGCCACGGGCAUCUUCUUCCUCGACAAGCUCCACCAUCAGGAAAUUGAGAAGAAGUUCAAGGAGCUCGCCGAAAGCCUCGGCCUCACUGUUAUCUGCUGGAGAACUGUUCCGACCAAUAACAAUAGUAUUGGUCAGGUGGCUCGUAACUCGGAACCAUUUAUGCGACAAGUGUUUGUAACCGGCGAUAACGCGGACGAAAACCAUCUCGCACGACAGAUAUUCGUGCUGCGUAAGCGAGCAUCCCAUGAGCUCGUGGUGCCAGGCGCCCGAUUCUAUAUCUGCAGUUUGUCGUUGAAGACCGUUGUUUACAAGGGGCUUCUGACUUCCAAUCAACUAUGGGAAUACUUCAAGGAUCUGAACAACCCGGCGUUCACCACGUACCUGGCGUUGGUGCACACUCGCUUCUCCACCAACACCUUCCCCAGCUGGGAACGAGCCCAUCCUUUGAGAGUGCUUGCCCACAAUGGCGAAAUAAAUACAUUACGAGGUAAUGUGAACCUGAUGAAGGCUCGCGAGGGAGUCAUGAAGAGCGAACUAUUUGGAGAUGAUUUGAAAAAGUUGUAUCCAGUAGUUGAACCGAAUCUCUCGGAUUCUGGCUCAGCGGAUUGUGUGCUAGAAUUCUUGCUCCACUGCGGAAACCGUACAUUGCCUGAGGCGGUGAUGACCAUGGUGCCUGAAGCUUGGCACAAUGACCCGACGAUGCCCAAGGAGAAACGGGACUAUUACCAGUGGGCUUCCUGUGCUAUGGAGCCUUGGGAUGGGCCAGCUCUGGUGUCGUUCACUGAUGGAAGAUAUAUUGGCGCCAUUUUGGACAGGAACGGUCUCAGACCGUCUCGCUUCUACGUCACUAACGAGAACAUUCUCGUCAUGGCGUCAGAAGUGGGGGUAUAUGAUGUCGACCCUGAAAAGAUUAUUUUGAAGAGUCGUCUAAAACCCGGCCGAAUGUUGCUGGUGGACACUGAAGCCAAAAAGAUCAUUCAAGACGUGGAACUUAAACUGGAGAUCGCGCGCAGUCGCCCGCACUCACAGUGGCUGCAGGAACAGAUGAUAACGAUGGAAGACAUCCACAAAUCGGUGUCACUCCAGAACGGUUCUGUGGCCAACGGUUUCGAGAACGUUGCUAUAUCGGGUUUGAGUGAUAAGAGGUUGGGACUGUUUGGGUACACCCUUGAAUCUAUCCACAUGCUGCUCCUGCCAAUGAUACAGAACAAGAAAGAGGCACUAGGCAGUAUGGGUAACGACGCGCCUUUGGCUUGCUUGUCCCGUUUUGAGCCACUGCCCUAUGAAUACUUCAAGCAGCUGUUUGCUCAAGUCACCAAUCCACCCAUUGAUCCAUUCAGGGAGAAGAUAGUAAUGUCACUGCUGUGCCCGAUUGGUCCCACGGCCAACAUACUGCAACCUAGCCCCGACUUCGUACAUAGACUGUUCCUACCACAGCCGAUCCUUUCCAUCACUGACCUUGAGGCUUUGAAGAGGACCAACUACCGAGGAUGGAAGACGAAAGUGAUCGACUGCACGUUCAACAUAACGGACGGUGGGCACGGGUUAGAAGCGUCGCUGACGUACAUCUCGGGCGAGGCGCACGCCGCGGCGGUCGAGGGCUACCAACUGGUGGUUCUGUCCGACCGCAACGCGGGGCCUACCAGAGUUCCCGUCAGUUCUCUGUUAGCGCUUGGAGCGGUACAUCACCACCUGAUUGAAACUCGGCAGCGCAUGAAGGUCGGCAUCAUUGUCGAGACUGCUGAAGCGCGCGAGGUUCACCACAUGUGCGUUUUACUUGGUUAUGGAGCUGACGCCAUUUGUCCCUACCUGGCCUUCGAGCUAGCGUUCGCUCUACGCAACGACAACUUAAUCGACCCAAACCUCACUGAUGCGGACAUCUACUUGGCCUAUCAGAAGGCCAUGGAAACUGGCCUGGCCAAGGUCAUGGCCAAGAUGGGCAUUAGUAUGCUUCAGUCAUACAAGAGUGCGCAAAUCUUUGAAGCAGUUGGUUUGAGUGAAGAAGUUAUUGAAAAGUGUUUUAGGGGAACUCAAUCAAGGAUUGGUGGUAUAACAUUCGAGAUUCUAUCACAAGAGACCUUUGACAGGCAUGCUUUGACGUACGGGGAUUGUAGAGACAUGCUAGUGCUCAGAAAUCCUGGCAACUACCACUGGCGUGCUGGCGGUGAGAAGCACAUCAACGAUCCCAUGUCCAUCGCCAACCUGCAGGAGGCAGCUCUUAAUAAUAGCAAAUCUGCUUACGACCGAUUCAGGGAGAGCUCGCUGGAGUCCGUGCGUGCGUGUACGCUGCGCGGCCAACUCGAGCUCGUGAAGUUAGACGAGCCGAUACCUCUAUCGGAAAUUGAACCGGCUUCCGAGAUCGUCAAACGAUUCGCUACAGGUGCGAUGUCCUUCGGUUCAAUCUCACUGGAAGCGCAUUCGACUCUGGCAGUUGCAAUGAACCGUGUUGGGGGAAAAUCUAAUACUGGAGAGGGAGGUGAAUCUGCCGACCGUUAUCUUAACCAGGACCCGGAAUUCAACCAAAGAUCAGCCAUAAAGCAAGUAGCAUCAGGUCGUUUCGGCGUGACCGCUUCUUAUCUUGCUCACGCGGAUGAUCUGCAGAUCAAAAUGGCGCAGGGUGCUAAACCAGGGGAGGGUGGUGAAUUACCUGGGUACAAAGUGACUGAAGAGAUCGCCAAGACCCGUUGCUCCGUACCAGGCGUUGGUCUGAUCUCGCCUCCACCUCACCACGACAUUUACUCCAUUGAAGACUUGGCGGAAUUGAUCUAUGACCUUAAAUGCGCCAACCCUAGAGCGAGGGUCUCUGUGAAACUCGUCUCUGAAGUAGGCGUGGGAGUCGUCGCUUCGGGAGUCGCUAAGGGCAAGGCCGAGCAUAUAGUAAUCUCUGGGCACGAUGGUGGCACUGGCGCCAGCUCGUGGACCGGUAUCAAGAGCGCCGGCCUGCCCUGGGAGCUGGGCAUCGCAGAGACACAUCAGGUGCUGGUGCUGAACGACUUGAGGUCUAGAGUGGUGGUGCAGGCGGACGGUCAGAUCCGUACCGGGUUCGACGUGAUGGUGGCCGCUCUACUCGGCGCUGAUGAGUUCGGGUUCAGUACUGCACCCCUUAUCGCGUUAGGCUGCACCAUGAUGCGGAAAUGUCACUUGAACACUUGUCCCGUGGGCAUCGCCACCCAGGACCCCGUGCUGCGCAAGAAGUUUGCCGGCAAGCCGGAACACGUCAUCAACUAUCUGUUCAUGUUGGCCGAAGAGGUGCGUACUCAUAUGUCGGAGGUGGGCGUACGAACGUUCCAAGAGCUGGUGGGACGUACAGACUUACUGAAAGUGCGUGAGCGCAACGAUAACCCCAAAGCGAGGCUUCUCAACCUAGCGCUUAUACUGAAGAACGCUCUGCAUAUGCGACCGGGCGUUAACAUCGUAGGAGGAUCCAAGUCACAGGACUUCCAGCUGGAAAAGCGAUUGGACAAUCAGUUAAUCCAGCAAUGCCAAGGCAUAUUGGAAGGCGCGGACAAACAUAUCGACAUCACCAUGAAAAUCACCAACGAAGAUCGCGCGUUUACUUCCACACUGUCUUAUCACAUUGCCAUGAAAUUCGGUGAUGACGGUCUGCCUGACGGUAAGACGGUGAAUAUUUCGCUGACGGGAUCAGCGGGACAGAGUUUCUGCGCCUUCUUGUCAAAAGGGAUCACUGUCACGCUGGAGGGAGACGCUAAUGAUUAUGUCGGCAAGGGUCUUUCCGGGGGUAAAGUGAUCAUUUACCCGCCAAAGACGUCCACGUUUGAGUCCCACGUCAAUGUAAUAGUCGGCAACGUAUGUCUAUACGGUGCAACAUCCGGUAGAGCAUACUUCAGGGGUAUAGCGUCGGAGCGCUUCUGCGUGCGCAAUUCCGGUUGCGUGGCCGUCGCAGAAGGCGCAGGCGACCACGCGUGUGAAUAUAUGACAGCGGGCACUGUGCUCAUACUUGGCCUCGUUGGAAGGAACUUCGCAGCUGGAAUGAGUGGUGGUAUUGCGUACGUGUACGACAUCGACGGCUCUUUCAAGAGUAAAUGCAACCCGGAGAUGGUGGAACUACUGCCGCUUGAGAAACAGCAGGACUUGGACGAGGUGCAGAAGCUACUCGAAGAAUUCGUCGAGUAUACUGGCUCUAUAAUCGCCAAAAGUCUUCUGGAAACCUGGCCUGAACCAGCUAAAAUGUUCGUCAAAGUAUUCCCAUAUGAGUACCAACGGGCGCUCAAGCAGAUGGCGAUCAAGAAAGCUGCGCCCAAAGCCGAGGUGAACGGCAAGGCGGAGGAGAACGGAGUCGUGGACAUUGAGGAGGCUGUGAGGAAUGUGGAGCUGGAUAAGAAGAACUUGGAGAAGAUUUUGGAUAAGACCAGGGGCUUCAUCAAAUACCCGCGUGAAACAUCCAUGUACAGACCGGCUGAAAAACGCUUACGGGACUGGGAGGAGAUAUACAACUUUGCCCAAGUUCGCCGCGGGUUGAGAGUGCAAGCGGCACGUUGUAUGGAAUGUGGCGUGCCAUUCUGCCAGUCUGGUCACGGCUGUCCGCUGGGCAACAUCAUCCCCAAGUGGAACGACCUCAUUUACCGCGCCGACUGGAAGCAGGCCCUGGCGCAGUUGCUGCAGACCAACAACUUCCCAGAGUUCACGGGUCGCGUGUGUCCCGCGCCGUGUGAAGGGGCCUGCGUGUUGGGCAUCUCGGAGCCGCCCGUCACCAUCAAGAACAUCGAGUGCGCCAUCAUCGACCACGCCUUCGAGAGCGGCUGGAUUCAGCCCGAGAUUCCAGAAAACCGUAACGGCAAAACUGUCGCCGUAGUUGGUUCUGGGCCCGCUGGGUUAGCUUGCGCUCAUCAACUGAAUAAGGCGGGUUACACUGUAACAGUAUUCGAACGCAACGAUCGUCCGGGCGGUUUACUGCAAUACGGCAUCCCCAGCAUGAAGCUCAGCAAAGAGGUAGUGGCGCGAAGGAUCAAACUGAUGGCUGCUGAAGGCAUCUCCUUCAAGUGCAGCGUGGAUGUUGGCAAGGACAUAUCCGCUGCGGAGUUGGCUAACGAAUACAAUGCUUUAGUAUUGUGCAUGGGAGCAACAUGGCCUCGCGACCUGCCUCUGAAAGGCCGCCAGCUGAACGGAAUCCAUUUUGCGAUGGAAUUCCUGGAAGGCUGGCAGAAGAAGCAGGCUGGCCCCGUGCCCGGACACGGCAAAGACACCCCGGCGUUGACGGCCAAGGACAAGAACGUGCUGGUCAUUGGCGGUGGGGAUACUGGCUGCGACUGUAUAGCAACGUCACUCCGGCAAGGCGCAAAGUCUAUCACUACAUUCGAGAUUCUUCCAGAACCUAAGAAGACCAGGGGACAAGACAACCCCUGGCCACAAUGGCCUCGAGUGUUCAGGGUGGACUAUGGACAUGAAGAAGUGAAGGUGAAGUUCGGCAAUGAUCCGAGAAAGUUCUCCACACUCACCAAAGAGUUCUUGGAUGAUGGUGAAGGCAACGUAUGUGGGGUGAAUGCAGUAGAAGUGGAGUGGACGCGCAGCCCCGGUGGAAGAUGGGAGAUGAAUGAGGUCCCCGGCUCGGAGCGCGUGUAUAAGUGUGAGCUGGUGCUGCUCGCGAUGGGCUUCCUGGGUCCGGAGCGAUACGUGGCUGGACAACUCGAUUUGCGUCUGGAUGCACGGAGCAAUAUCGAGACAGCAAAGGACAACAUUUACCAAACUCCGAUGGAAAACGUGUUCGCAGCGGGAGAUUGUCGCCGCGGCCAAUCUUUGGUAGUUUGGGCGAUUUCUGAAGGUAGACAGGCGGCGCGGGCCGUGGACACCUACCUCAACGGCCGCUCGUGCUUGCCCGGCCCUGGCGGGGUUGUCUACACACACUAAACGGAACGGCACCUGACCGGACCGGCACCUGACCGGCUUGAAAUACCUAACAUCGACCAUGAAAUUGCUUUACCACCUUCUUGUCUCACCGCUGACCGACGGAGAAGCGACUAACUAUCGACUAUUUUAUUUAGAAACCUUUAUUGUGCAUACUCAAACAUAUACAGGGUGUAACCAGAACGAUGUAAAACUAUCCCAACUAUACUGUUCUCGUUGCUCAUUAACUCGUUUCUAGUUUUUAGCUCAACUCGAUUCACGCUAAUCGUCGGCGCGGGCGGUCGGACAAAAUUGCCUUAGGUUGAAUGUCGUUUGCACAUCAUAAAUAACAUGGGUCUUUUUUUAAUUUCAAGAUCUACAUACAUUUAUAAAAGUCUCAGUUAUAGUGAAAUUUUGCUUUUUAUAAUAACAGUAUUUUAAAAUUAUUUAGUGGAAGUGGUUAUCAAAAUGGUAAAAGCAUUUUUAUGGUCGCCUAUACAGUGCGAUCAAAGUAACUAUAGCAAAGUCAAAUACCUCGAUCUGUCUAAUUGAAAAGAGAAUAAGAAAAAAAUUGUUUGCAUACGUUUUUUUCUACAUUAUUUAGAUAACUGGUGACCGGUAGUAUUACAAAAUCCAUUGGAUACAUAUUAUUGAAAUAAAAUAUAUGGCGCCGAAAAGUCAUUCCUAUUCUUAGUUUGAUCGCAAUAAAAAACACCAUCACAUAUAAUAUAUAACUUUCGUAUAUAUUAUAACGUUUAAUUACGAUUGUCCACAAACAAAGAAAAAAUAUAAAAUAAAUUAAGUAUUAUUCAAAGUUUUAUCCCUGUUUAAAUUUUUAUAACCAUAACCAAGCACUCAAAUAAGGAAAAUAUUUUUCAACAUUUAUAAAAAAAUGUAACUGUUUAUGGCAGACCAAACUAUAUUUAAUUGUUCUAUGUGGUUCAAAAUUAGUUGAAAUUCGUUAAUGGUUUUAUCGUUUUUUAUAACAUUCAGUUUUUACGUGUCGUGUAACAAAAUUUGUAAAAAAAAAUCUUCUUUAUAUCCGUAUUGUAAUUUAAAUGAUUUUUUUUGGAAUUUUAUUGAAAUUAUAAAACCAGUAACCGUCGUAAAUUCAUAGUGAUCACUUACUGUAAUAACAUUUUUUUAUUACUGAUAAAUAAUUACGAGAAAAAAGAUUCACGUUUCUAUAAAAUGAUUGUUUCUUGUUUCGGCAAAAAAUAUAUAAUUAAAGAAGACAUCAAUUUUAUUCUGCAAUUAAUUGUACAUGAAAAUGUUCUAAGAAUCGUAUUAAUUCGAGAUAGAUAUAAUAGAUUCAUAGAGCAUAUUAUAUUAAUUCGAGAAUCUUCAUUAUUUGAAUCUUUUAAUCAUUUGAAGGGUUUCUAUUUCUAUUGUAAUUCUAAUUAUAUUUAUCACUUCAAUGACUAGGGGAUACGAACCAAAACAGCUUAUCGAAAAUAGACCAUAAAUAUAUUAUGUUAAUAGGAGUUAUUAUGUAACUGUGAUUGUUUUACUGUGUGGAUUUUGUAUACAGUGGCGUGUAAAUGUGAAUACAGUAACAUCAGCAGUACUUAGACCUCAAACAAAGUCAUAGUAAAAUUAAAAGUAAAAUGCAAUUUCAUUUCGCCUAUGACGUAUCCUGUAUUCUCGUAUCUAAGUAAUACGUCUCAAUACGUACACACAAAAUGGUCACCUGACCGGUGGAAAUUUUGAAAUUUUUAUUGUUUGCUGGUAUGGUAAUAGAAAUGAAUACACACUGAAAAUUUCAACUAUUACGGUAUAUGAAAUAGAGCCCGCUCACAAAUGGACGGACGGACAGUAGAGGCUUUGUGUUAGGAUCCCGUUGGCACUAUUUGGGUACGAAACCCUAAAAAACGUAAGUCCACUGUAUUGUCAUCGUCUAUGGAAUGCACGCCACUGUAUUUACAAACAGGACGUGUGUCAAAAUGGCGCUUUGAAAGUUCCUACGUGAAUUAUUUAGAGGUCUCUUCAGGUGAUAGACAUUUUAGUUAAUUCAGUUGACGCAAAUCUUAAAUUAGUGCCAUCUCUUUCACAAUGUUACCUGCGGAAAGUGAUAGCUGUCAAUUAUAGCUUACCGAAAAAUCCUUGUAUUUGUUUUGUCUAUCUAAACUUACAUAGCUUGUAUAACUUCACUUGCUUAGUUAAUUUAUCUUGUACAUUGUCAUAUUUUUAGUUAUAUUUAUAUUAUAGUUCCUACUUAGGAAGUUUUUUUUUAAUUUAUUAAUAACCUUUCAAGUCCUUUAUUUAGGUCUAGUAAAAAAAUAUUUUCGAAUAAACGUUGUCGAAAUAUGAUAGAAUAACCGGAGCAUUACUUUCAGUACAUGUAUAGAAAAUGUUCUGCAAAUGAUUACCUGAAGAGAUCAAUUUAGCUUUUUGGACCAGCUGCAUGACAGUCGGUUAAAGUUACGUUAUGAUUCAUACCUCCUUAGUUAAGGUUAAAGGUAAAAUUUUGGUCUUAUGUUAACGAAUCCUGAUUUGCGCAACCCAUUUUGUUUUUAUUGACGGUCAAACCGUAACUGUAACCGUGACAUAACAUAACUUCUGUCAUGUACUGGACCUCAGUAGUUUUAAGUUUAACUAUCAUAUUAUGAAAAUUCUGAAACACAUACAUUACGUACAACGGAUUCAUAGUGAUGUACUUUAUCUAUAUUUUAAAUUAAUAAAUUUUAAUUGUUAAUUUUAGUAGAUAAUAGGUUUAAGAAAGCUGUGCUUUUUCUUUGUUUUAAGAACAAAGUUAAAUAUGAAAUUAAACUGUGUGUUAUGGUUAGUCAAAUGUUUAAGGUAAAGUUAACCGUGAGUUUCCACUGUCGCUUAACAAUGUUUAAUAAAUAGACAUUAAAGACACAGUCAAUAAUUUUAACUUUAACCAACCACCAGCGCAGGGCCCGACUAUGCGUAUAACAUGUUAACAGACUUGUUGUUUUAUGUUGGGGCUAGUGGAAAGGUAGGGUAAAACUUUCCCAUUUAACUUUAAUAUAAGUAUUUUAUCUUCGUGUAAUAUUAUAACAGUUGAGGCUGUUAUCAAAUUAUAAAUACAAACAAAACAUAAUAGCGAAUUUUAAGACUUAUUAUGUUGUAUCCAAAAAUUUAUACAACUGUAAUUCUGAAAUAAACUUAAGAUUUUUUGUAAAAUGUUUUAAUUGAUCAUGAUUUAAUAUUAUAUUACUAUUGUUGUCAUGAAAAUAUUUAAGGAGCUGGCGAACAAAACUAAGUAAUUACAAUUCUGAUAAAAAUACUUUUCUUAAUGUGGACAGUUUUGGCCCACUGAAUACAAAUUUUAAAUCAUUUCCAAACAAAACAGUCUAAAACUGUGCUAAACUUGAAAUUGAGUAAAAAGAUUGUAAUUUCGAUCAUUGAAUACAAACAUGAACUGUUUACCAAGCAAAAAAUAACGUGAAUCUGUUCUAAAAUUUGAGUACAAAGUUCGGGAUUUCGAUCAAAAUGGUACAAUUACAGUAGAAUUUCAACAGCUUUCAUUUAGUUUUUACUGUUCGUAUAAAAUUUUAUUUUGUAUAAUUACACCGUUUCUUAGCCAGCUCCUCAUUUUAUUUCAUUACGAAUCACAAUUUUUUACAUUGAUUUAGCGCCGAAAUACUAGUUGUAAGCGGAACAAGAGAUUUGCGAGAGUGGUCUUAUCCAAACUUGUUGAACUGGGCAGUUUCAGUAUUGCAUAACUACUUGUAAAGUAACAUGCACGUAGACCGAAUAUUAAUGUUCUUUAAAUAUUUAAAAAAACGAAUCGUUGUUAAAAAUGCUUUAAAGAUUGAUUUAGUAACUUUUUUAUUUAACUCUGAAUUGUUAUUACUUUAGCAUUUCUCCCAAUUGGCUGAAUUUACGGUACAUUGCUAAAAGGUGGUGAUCCGACCUAUCUACGGGCCAUUAGAGGAAGCUUUUAGGCUGAGAUUUAGUUAAGACACAGUUAAACCGAGACAAAGAAAGAUGUGUGUGGCAUAAAUCUAUCUCGGAAGUAAAGUCUGAGCAAAUUCUGCUCUGUAGAUCUUAGCCUUAGAGGUGUUAAUCAAAAUAUAAGCGAAAAAAUUUGUCUAUAAUUAAGGUUGCCAGCCAAUUGAAAGAAUUGCGUUUACAUCGAUUCUGAUCUUAAGUCCACUUGCAACAACCCGCUUAUGGCAGAAAUUAAUAGUAAAUGAGCAAUCUAUCUGUAAUGUGUCGGUAAGUUUCUUAGCAACAUUGUUAGAUAUUUGUUAAAAAAGGCCAUACAAAUUAAUAUUAACGAAUAACAAUGUUGAGUUUAGCAAGCUAUAUAGAUUAUCGAUUAAGUCUUUUACAUAUUAUUAUUCUGUCCUUUUCUCAAUAACCUAAAAAAAAACUUUUCAAACUUGACAUUACUAAAUUUAACAAAACAGAUUUAGCGGUUUGGUGCAAGUGGGCCUUUUUAACAGGAGUUUAGUUAUAGCAUAGUUCAGAAGUGAAACAGUAUUGUAUGUUUGCUUUUAUUUUUAAUUAAUUAAAUGUAAAAUACGUGUGAAUACUGAAAUUAUUUUCCACUAUUGUGUAACAUUACAUUGUUAAUUCUUAUUUAUUUCGAAUAAAAGUUUUAUUAAUUUAUUU